ACCACGCCGGAAGUAGGUUUCCGAGUAGCUCCACGGCGGUUGCUUUACGGCAGACGCCUGAAUCCGCUUCCGGUAGCCUUCCCCUCGGCGCUCGGGCGCUGUCGCUCGCUGUAGCCCGGAGACGAGACGCCUGCUGCUGGGCGAUGGAAGGCCGGCGAUUGUGACAGCCCCCUCGCUCUCUCCCCCUCCCGGCCCGGGCAGAGCGGGCCCCUCCAGGCCUGUCGGGAUGGAGGAGGAGAGCAUGGAGGAGGAGGAGGGGGGUGAGGGGGGCGGCGGCGGCAGCAUCAGCAGCCGCAGCAGCAGCUACGAGGCCUUAAUGGACGACCAGAACCACAACAACUGGGAAGCGGCGACGGAAGCGGCUGUGGGGGGAGGAGGAGGAGGGGUCUACGGGCAGCACCCGCCGCCGCUUUCCCCCGGGGAGCCCCACAGGCACAGGGACUCGUUGGCCGCCCAGGAGGAGCUUGAGAUCCAGAUUAUGUCCGAGGCCCCCAGCGGGCAAGGGAAGGGCUGUGAACCGGCACGGGGCAAGGGAGGGGCCGCUGCCAGCAUCAACCUCAACAUCAACCCCUCGGCCUCCAAGUUCUUAAUGAAUGUUAUAACUAUAGAAGACUAUAAGAGCACAUAUUGGCCAAAGUUGGAUAGUGCCAUAGAUCAGCUUUUAACUCAGAGUCCUGGUGACUACAUCCCCAUCUCCUAUGAACAAAUAUACAGUUGUGUGUAUAAAUGUGUGUGCCAGCAGCAUUCGGAACAGAUGUAUAGUGACCUAAUAAAAAAGAUAACUAACCACUUAGAGAGAGUCUCAAAGGAGCUGCAGGCCAGCCCUCCAGAUCUCUACAUUGAAAGGUUUAACAUAGCACUCGGACAGUAUAUGGGAGCAUUACAGAGCAUUGUGCCUCUUUUCAUAUAUAUGAAUAAGUUUUACAUAGAAACCAAGCUUAACCGAGACUUAAGAAACGACCUUAUAAAACUGUUUACGGAACAUGUUGCAGAAAAGCACAUUUACAGCCUGAUGCCUUUACUUCUAGAAGCUCAGUCCACACCUUUUUGGAUAAACCCUUCCACUAUGGCAAAUAUUGUAAAAGGAUUAUAUAUGCUUAGGCCAGAAUGGGUUCAGAUGGCACCAGCUUUAUUUUCUAAAUUUAUCCCAAACAUCCUCCCUCCUGCUGUAGAAUCUGAGCUUGAGGAAUAUGCUGCUCAAGACCAGAAACUCCAACAAGAACUUAUUCAGGAAGGAUUUCCCAGAGGUGACCAGUCACGUAAAAGAGCGGGCGAAGAAUUAACGUACAAUGGCUCAGCUUCAUGUGCAAGCUCAAGAGGAUGCAGAUAAUGACUGUACUAGAUGUAUUUUAUUUCCAAUCGGAGCGGACACUGGAGCAACAUUGGAGGGGAGGGUAUCCAAAAGCUCAGUUGGGCUCUACUGAUACUCAGGUUCUUUGGUGCAAACUAUACCUAGAAGAGGAGUUUGGACUUAUUUCUUGCCAUGUAAUAAAAUGUCUGUUGCUGCUAUUUGGGGGCUAACUUGGAACAACAUGACUGGCUUCAAUAAGUUCUUCUGUGGGCAAUCCUGUGAGAAACAUUCCCCCCCCCCCUUUUUUUUUUUUUUUGCUUAAAACAACUUGGUAGCCAAAAAGAGCAGCUUCUCCUGGGGGGAAAAAAAACUUUGCACUUUUUCCAAUUUAUGGACAUUGCUGAGUUAAAACUUGUGCCCAUUAGGUUUUGUCUGAAGCUUUUGCUUAGGAAAAUAAAUAUUCAUCACUUGGCAGUAUUUCUUUCUUGCUGCAAAAGAUUUGCCUCUGAGUUGGUCUCAUGCCACUUACAUUCCAGACUUAUUUACUCGCCUGCUCAGCCCUUUUCUUCCUUCCCUACACUUCUUUCUUUAUCAUUAUGCCCUCCUGUGCCCCUUUUUGCCUUUGUUUUUGACUUGUGUGCUUUGCAACUUGGCAGAUCACACACACACUUCUUGUAAGCUGUGAUUUGAUUAAAUAUGCUGCAUUGCUAAAAGAUCUUCCUAUACCUCUUCAUUAUCUUUAGGAACUGAAACUGAAGAAGGUUCAAAUCCUUUCCCCCACUCAUGAGAAGUAUUAACACAAGUCUCAACAUUCAAUUUUUUUUUAUUGCCUUCUCCAGUUACUGCAAUGAAUUAAACUCCAGACAGAAUGUAAUAAUGUGAUUUCUAUUCAGAAUUCAAACACUACUGCAUAACAGUUAAAGAAUUUGGUAAGAGACUGUGAACCAAGUUGACCCAGUUCAUCUGUAGUUUGUCCUAUGGCAGUACUGAGAUUUUUAGUAUGAAGUAAUCUGUAAUGGGUUUAGUAGGUGUGGCUGGAACUUUGGUUAUAUUUGUAGCUUAUCCUUGGGCAGCAAGGUUGACUUGCAUAUUCAGGAAACGUUUGUGGUGCAGUACAGCUGUCUUAUCAAUUCAGAAUGCAGGUGAGGGGGGUUGCAUGUUUGAUACCCACUGAAAAGUAUUUUUGAACCUCAACACUGUUUGGGUUGCAGUGUAAGCAUAGUUCUUAAUAAGGAGUAGUUUACAGUGUGCUAGGGCUAUAACUAUCUACAGCAAUAUGUACCUCAUAAAGGAGUAAUCUGGAUCCCUGCUUUCUACCUAUGGUCUGGUUCAGAGGUAAAGAUGCAAGGUGCUGUUUUCUGUCUUCUCUCUGAAGAAGUACCAUGUGUGUAGGUAAAUUAGAGGAUCCUCCCUUAUUUUCAAACUAUAAUUGGUUUAGAAAAGGGAUACUGUAAAACUGGUAAGUGUGGGCAAGUUUGCCAUUGAAGUAACAAGGCCUAAUGAAAUAACAAGGCCAACUAGACGCAGCUGUGGUGAGGAGUUAGUGCUCAGGAAGAAGUUAAGUGUGAAGUCUUCACUGCUGUGCCCAAAGAAGGGCCAUGAGGAGGAAACAUUUACAUCUCUUGGAGAGGAUAUGAGAAUGUUUAUUAUGUAGUAGUAAUAUCUUUCUUUUGGCUCAUUUAGCCAUUGGAUACGCCCAUUACCAAAUCAGUAGGGUAACACAGCUAGUUUUUUAAAAAGUAAUAAUAUUCAUCCAGAUACACAAACCUUCAUCAUAGCAACACUGAGAGGAACCAAAAGGAAAAUUAAAAGGGUUUUAUUAUUCAUAAGCUAAAAAAGUGCACUAAUGCAUGCCUUUCCCAUUUGCUGUUGGGCACUGGCCAUGCUCAUUUCUUCGGGUCCACACUGAAGCCUGCACUAUUUUAAAAUCUGAUUGGUUAGGACUGUCUUAUUUUAAAAACCACUGCUGACAUUCUAGUGAUGUAUGUGUAAGAGGGGACUGUGGGAAUGCACAAGGAGCUCUCACACAACUCUCCCAGUCCCUGGAUGCAUGCUGUUGAGCAAGACCAUUGGAGUGGGUCAGGAACGUGUUCCUGAUCUUAUAGAGCACUUCUAGAGUGAGCUCUCUGAACUCUAUAUUGGCUCAAGAGUGGGCAUAGAAGGGAACUAGAGGAGUUGGUGAGGGCCCCCAGCAUGUGCCAGCAGUCGUACUUAUGCACACACUUAUGCACACUAGGAUGUGGGCCACUGUCAGGAAUAAUCACAGAAUUUACCUAUGUCUUUCUUCUUCUUGUUGUUUUUAACACAAUAAGUUAAAAAAAUACCAAGUGUGGAGGUAUAUAACUUUGGAACAGUCUCUACUGGUGAAAUUUCUAAAUUCUAAAUGCCCCUUUCUAAAACAGGGGUAGACAAGACUCUCUAGUGGCUAUUGAACUACAACUCCCAUCAUUCUCAGCCACAAAUUGUGGUUGGGGAUGGUGGGAUUUGUAGUUCAAUAACAGCUGGAGAGUCAAGGCUGCCUUACCCCUGUUUUAAAGCAAAUAAGACAGAAAUCAAACUAUUUCAAAAGACCUGUUCUGUUGUAACAUUUACUAGUUUCAUCUCUGUAAAGGGGAGUUAGUAUAUGCAAGGUAUGAUGUCAUCGCCUGGUCCAUCAGUAUAUUUGCAGAUUGAAUUCCAGUCAUAUUAUUGUGAUGAAUGAACACCCAAUCAUGCCCCUAGAAUUACAUUAAUACAGUUGGCAUCUGAUUCAAGAAUGCACUUUAUCCACCAGACCUCAGUUGCCUGUGAGGACAAAGUUCAUUAUUAUUCUGAUAUUGAAAUUACCAUUUUAAGAAACCAUGAUAGGAAGUUUAGACAAAUUCAUUGCUGGGUUUAAUGUAUGGAUGUGUGUGUAGGAUAGGCCUCACACAAAUACAUGGACACAUGAAAUAAAAUUUGUUUGGGCAUGAAAAACGGGAUGUGGGAAUAGGAAAAAAUAGUGUACUCACAGAACAUUAGUAGAAACCAAGACUAAAAAAAAUUCCAAUAUAAAACAAAUAUCUGAUGGCAUAAAAGCUCAUUUAUAGAAUUGUUACAUUUUAGUUCUAUAUGAAUUAAGGAUAAAUAAAUUCUUGCUUCCAUAAGCUCCUGAUGCUGCUGCAUCCUCCCCAAACAUUGCCGUUCUAGAAGUUUGCUGUGUGGUCCAAGAUGGCAAAGUUAAACUGCUAGGAAUGCAUGAGAAAUGGAGUCAUGCAACUGCCCUUGGGGGUUCCUUUAAAAGAUGGACAUCUGCUGCUGUGUUCUCCUGAGCUAACUCACACCCAACCUAAGCAGCCUUUAUCAUACUGUAAAGCACUAUUCAGGGUGAUAAAAGCUUAGAUUCUCUCCUUCCCUCAUUUGCCUUCUGAGCAUAUUUAGGUUUAUAAAUAAGGACUCUGCAGCUUGUUUGGGAGAAUACAGAAUGGGAGGCUAAGUACAGAAUAUGGUGUGUCCUCUGCUUUAUUUUUACUGUAGUUUAGGGAGACCAAUGGCAACCUUAUCCAACUAGAUAUCCAACUAGAGCCCAAGUGAAUCUUCUGCUGUAUUCAAAAGGUUACAAGUUAGGAUGGAGUGCAGUGUUCCCUGUAACAGUGAUUCUCAUUGCAGCUGGGGGUGAUGGGAGUUGUAGUUGUCAACUUCUGGGAACCUCUUUUACAGGGAAUGCUGGUAAUGUCACAUGGAGUGUGUGUGUGUGUGUUUGACAGAGAGCCUGGGCAGUACAGCAGCUGUCUGACCAGAAGGAAAAGCCCAUGUAGCACCUGUGUGUCUUUCUCAUACUAGUCUUGAAGUUAAGCCCAGGCAACAGACACCUGGAAGUAUUCAUGGUUGAUCUUCCUUCUUGUGAAUCCCUAGUUGACCCUGAAUAUAUUUGAGGAGAGUUUCAGUUUCAGCUACCUUCUGGGUGAGCUCUUUGGGCAUGGGAGUUCAGCAUCUGUGUUGCUUUCAUCAGAUUCUAACUUGGGGUGUUUGCUUAUGACAUCAAAGCUAGCACCAUUAAGUCAGUGGGAUACAAAAUUUAAAUAAAAUGCCCCUUUUUAUUACAAGUAGUGUGUAAAUUUUAUUAUGCACUUAAAAACCUUUGGGUUUGAUUUCUCUCUCUGUUUUUUUACUUUAAAAAUAAUGUAAAAUAACUGGUUUGUAAAUAACCUGUAGAAUACAUGGCUUCUAUUUUCAGGUAAUGGUUUUAUUUCUUUCAUUGGAUGUUGAGCCGUAGGAUAUAACUUCGAAAACAGUUCUUCUUUGAAGCUAAUAAGACAAAGUAUUCCUCUAAUAACACUUUACACAUUACUUUCAAAGAUGUUUUAGCCCAAUGUAGCAUCUUGCCUGAAUAGGAAGCCUGAGAACUCUUUUUGUAAAAAUAAAUUAAUAUGUUGUAUUAUGUUGUAAAUUGAUAUUAAGAUUUCUGUAUGUUUUGGCAUCUAAUGCUGAAAUCAUUUGUUUUCCUAUCUUCAAAGGGUUUUAUCUUUGUGAACUGAGCAUGAAAGAAACAACGAAACAUAUAAAGCAAUUGUUACUUUGUAAACAUUUUUCUUUAUAAUUUGGUGGAGCAGUGUGUUGGGUCUCUAAAGCCAUGACUUAACCAAAGCAGCAUGGUCUUCACUAUGGUGCUUCUGUGAAUCAGAUGAUUUGCCACGUAUGUGUGUUCCCCACCCCCCUGAGAUCUAAAUGGCAACAUUUUUAAAUGCAUUGGGUGUCAUCUUAUAUCAGUUCUUGUUUCCUGGGAAACUUGCUCUAUUAAACUAUUUUUUAGACAAAA